UUAGCGAAACCUCCAUCUGCGUCCCUGCCACCCCAGAAAGUUAUCCGCGCCACCUCGUCAUUCAAGCCGCAAGCUCCCACUCAGCUCCCUUUCGACAAAGGAGAUUUCUUCUAUGUAAUUGGAGAUCCUAAUAUUGAAGGUUCUUGGUAUGAGGUGCAUAACCCGGUCACUGGUGGGCGAGGUUUGGUUCCAAAAUCGAUGUUCGAGGAAUUCGCUAAGAGUCCACCACCAUUGGCAACUUUACACUCAGACUCGUCCAGCUCUAGCGGGGUGCGAACCUCCCAACUGGCAAAGAGUCCCAUGCUGACUGGAAACCCUAUGUCGCCUAAUCUUCCCAAGUCCACGGUGCUCUAUGCUGUCGUGCUUCACGACUUCGUGGCAGAACGUGCAGAUGAGCUAGACGCGAAAGCUGGGGAGUCCAUUUCUAUCGUUGCGCAGUCGAACCGGGAGUGGUUCGUCGCAAAAUCCAUCAACAAACUCGGGAGACCAGGUCUCAUUCCUGUUUCAUUCGUGGAAGUCAGAGAACCGUCCACCAAUCGUCCCAUUCCCUUCGCCGAAAUAGAAGUGAUCAUGGACCGUGGCGAACUUCCGAAGGUCGAAGACUGGAAAAAAGCCAUGAUAACUUAUAAGCAGAAUAGCAUCGCUCUUGGAGUCAUUGACGACAUAUCGACGCCGUCAUCGGUCCCCAACAGUCCUUACACUCAACAUGCCUCUCCUGCGUUCACCCAGCAGUCUCCAUCCAGCUUUCAGGAACCCUCUCGCCCCCCGUCCCCUAUCCCGUUGCCAGCUGGUAUACUUCUUUCUGCCGAUGUUGUCUCGUUCCACAACGAAAUGGAUGAAUACUGGUUUCGUAUCGACGCCGUAUUCCAACCUUACGAUCCUUCGGACCCUACAAUCUUACCGAAAGCCAAACAGCUCGUUCUCUUUCGAGUUUAUGACGACUUCUACGCUUUCCAGGUCAGCCUUCUCGAAUCUUUUCCCCGCGAAGCAGGCAGAGCACCUCCAUCCCAACGCAUACUGCCAUAUAUGCCAGGACCCGCUGACUACGUGGAUGAUGAAAUAACGGCGGCGCGCAGAGAAGAACUGAACGACUAUCUUCACAAGCUUUGUGGCUUGAAUUGGGCUGGCGCAAGUUACAUCCUUGAGGACGGGAUCAUCCGUGACUUCCUAGCGCUGAAGUCGGGCGAUGUAGAGAACGACAUAGAACCUCGGUACGACGAGAUACGAGAGUUGUUCUCGGAAGAUAUCGAGCAAGUCGCACAGGCAGAACAGGGCGUAGACUAUGAUCCUACUCUUGAAUAUCAAGAUGAGGUUAGAGACGCGCUAGGGGGGAUGAAGCUUUCUGAGGAUGGUGCUCACAGCGAUAGCUCCGUUUAUGGCGAUGACAACACACCAGCACAUCAUCGUGGGCAGUCACUCGCCUCUUCAAAUCAGCAUGGCAAACACGGUUUACCGGAGGAUUCUAGCCGUUCACUUUCACCUAUACACGGGUCGCAGCACAAUGACUAUCCCCGAGGGAGUGCUUAUUCGCGGAAUUCUGCAACAUCCAAUUCGCAUUGGCCUGACUAUUCGACCUCCUCUCCUUCUUCCCUUCAUUCGUCUCAGCCAUCGCUACCUGCUUCUUCGCGUUCACGAUCGCAGUCCACAGCCACCAAUAACCUCAAUACGCCGCCCAUAUCUGCUGGUAAUCCACAGACAGCCUUCGUCAAGAUUAAGAUCUUCGAUCGAAUAACAGAUGACCUCAUCGCCAUUCGAGUUCAUCCAAAAGUCUCGCACGCAGAGCUUUUGGGGAAAGUGCAAGCACGACUUGGCGAAAAUGUUGUGAACUUGCGGUACCGAGAUAGUGUAGGAGAUGAGUAUGUUGGCAUUGACAGUGACAAGGACCUCCGAGGCUGGAUAGAAAACACGCAGAAGCAUGUCUUAUUUGCAGAUUAA